AUGUAUCAAGAUUCCAUCAACGACAUAUACUGUGACAAUAACCAGGAAUAUUUUCCAGCAAAUCAUGAUGGGAAUCAGCUACUGUAUGUGGACUUUGAGAACAAGACAGUAGUCAGCACAUUACCAAACUUUGUAGACCACGUCUCCUGGGACACGUUAAAUGCAUACGCUUACAAUGAAAUGAAAGAAUUUCAGGAUGACAUGGAAGAUAUUGCAGGACAACUUGGUUAUCCUCCAGAGGCAAAAGAGCCCCCGGUUAGUGUCAUGUAUGUCCGUAACGAGGUGCGUUUGGGUUCUGAGAACACCCUCAUCAGCUACGUCACUGGGUUCUACCCUCCUCGACUCACGGUGAAGUGGACCAGGAACAACAACAACGUGACACAGGGAGUGAGCUCAAGCCAGGUCCACAUAAACAACGACGGUUCCUUCAACCAGUUCUCCAUCCUGAAGUUCACCCCUCAGGAGGGGGACAUGUACACCUGCACUGUGGAGCACUCGGCACUGGAGGGUCCCUUGACAAGAUACUGGGAUGUUGAGGUGCCAGAGUCCAGUCCCUCAGUGUUCUGUGGAGUGGGUCUGACUCUGGGACUGCUGGGAGUGGCUACCGGAACGUUCUUCUUUGUCAAGGGAAAAGAGAGUGCAGGUAUGAGAACAGAACAGACAUCACAUGACAGUUCAUUUCUUUGUUGUUGUAUAAAUUCAACCAGAAAUGUGUUUUGUUCAACCUGGUAUGCUUAACACUGACCCCUGCUUUAAAUAAACUCACACACAGAGGAACUCCGACCUUGGAAUUUUUUAUUGUAAAAAAAUGAAUAAAAAUACCCAGGGCUAGAGUGAUCGGACCAAAGGAUGCCAAUGACCCUAAGCUUAAUAUAUAUGAUAUGAUAUGUGCUGAUGUUUUUUAUUUUUCUCCUUUCAGGCAUAAUUCCUCAUUAAUCAAAGCCCUCCUGAGAUGUACUUCCAACAACUGCAGUUGAAGUUUUUCCUAGCUGGAAUAUGUCAGGGGUUCUUCAUGCUGUUCAUGUAUAUAUACAGGUACAGAUAUAUAUACACAGUAGGAAAACUGAGAAAUUCCAAAUUCUAAAUAAGUAAGUGAGUAAAUAAAUAAAUAUACUAUGUCGAUGUCUCAUGAGUAAACUGUGAGUAUACUCAUUCAAUUCAAUUGUAUUUAUAUAGCGCC